AUGGUUGUGUCUGACGGCGUGAUGGGAAAGGGAGAUGUGCAGGGAAAGGGAGAUCAGAGCAUAACGUGCAUAAGACUGGUGUCCCUCAACGUACCGGCGCGGGUCAAGAAGGGCAGUGAAGUGCAGUUGUCGUGUUUGUAUGACUUGGGAAACGCGUCGUUAUAUUCGUUGAAAUGGUUUUAUAGGAAUCAUAAGAAUCCUGAGGAACAGGAGUUCUUUCGGUAUACCCCUCGAGGAAAACCCGUUAAAUGCAUAACGUGCAUAAGACUGGUGUCCCUCAACGUACCGGCGCGGGUCAAGAAGGGCAGUGAAGUGCAGUUGUCGUGUUUGUAUGACUUGGGAAACGCGUCGUUAUAUUCGUUGAAAUGGUUUUAUAGGAAUCAUAAGAAUCCUGAGGAACAGGAGUUCUUUCGGUAUACCCCUCGAGGAAAACCCGUUAAACAAGUCUUUCCAUUGGAAGGCAUUAACGUUGACUUUUAUAAAUCAGAAGGAGGAACGGUAUUCAUAACAGAGACGAAUGGUAUGACAAGUGGUAACUACAAGUGUGAGAUCAGUGUUGAGGGAACCUUCCAAACGGUGUUCGCCGAGAAACUCAUGACUGUUGACGUAAUAUUACUUCAGUAA